AUGGUGAUCAAAGUCUUUGUUGCCACAUCUUCGGGAUCUACAGCGAUAAAAAAGAAACAGCAAGAAGUCGUGGGCUUUUUAGAGGCCAACAAAAUUGACUUUCAGCAAAUGGACAUAGCAGGAGAUGAGGACAAUAGGAAAUGGAUGAGAGAAAAUGUCCCAGGUGAAAAAAAGCCUCAGAAUGGAAUUCCCCUCCCUCCACAGAUCUUCAACGAGGAGCGGUACUGUGGGGAUUUUGAAUCUUUUUUCUCUGCUAAGGAAGAAAAUAUUAUUUAUUCAUUCCUGGGCCUUGCUCCUCCUCCGGGCACAAAGGAGAGGGAAAAGUCUGAUGCUACUGAAGAGAAGUCUGAUGCUACUGAAGUGAAGUCUGAUGCCACAGAGGAAAAAUCAGAUGCCACAGAAGAGAAGUCUGAUUCCAAGGAUGAAAAAUCUGAUGCCACAGAUGAAACUGAGGCACACACAGAAGACAAGGCAGGUGAAGGGGCUCCUGAAGAGGCUCAGUCUGAUCAGACACCAUCAGAAGAUCAACAGGAAGGCAAAGAAGAGCAUGCAGCAACAGGGGAAGAGGAAGAAGAAAAGCAGGAAGAGGGAGAAGAAAAGGAAGAAGUGGAGGAGCAGGAAGAAUCUUAGUACAGUUCCCUAUGACACGAUAUUUCUUGAACAGGUUUUCAGGAAGCUGGAGCCAUCCCACCAAAGAAAAGAAAAUCCCUCUCCCAAGCAAAGCACCACUACCUUUUGUGCCUGUAGACUUCUGAACAUACAAACAUAAACAGAACACAGACACCACUCUGUCCUACCUGUAGCCUUUAUAUAUAUAUUUGUUAUUCCAAUUGCCUGUUAAAAUGGAUGUUAUGUCUGACAGAUGAUAUUUCAGUCAAUUGUUACGUGUUGGGGUAGUUUUGUCCAUGUCCCCUUUAGACUGUGAGCUCYCCAGGGCAGGAACCAUGUCUCUGUCCAUGUCUAAACCAAGCAUGUUGCUACCCCUCAGCAGCCAACUGCACUCACACCAGUGACAUCUCAGAGGAAAAGAAUUCAGUGCUGAAAACUGCUAAGAGGCUUCCUGUACACCAGCCAUGUGAGUCACUUCUCCCUCAGCUGGCAUUUGAAAAUGAUUGAGAUUCCCAUUGUG